AUGUGGGUCUUGGACGUAGUGGCGGGUGGCUCCGACACAACUUUCUACCUCAUGGCUGGCGAGUGGACCAUAGGACGCAAGAACUGUCAUCUUAACUUUUAUGCGGACUCGUCCAUCUCGCGCACGCACGCUUUUAUCCGCGUAGAGGCCUUAGCACCCAAGCAAUUAGCGGAUCCGUCGACGCGGCCAGUGCUGGAGCUAAGUGACCAAAACUCGCGUUUUGGUUCAUUUGUCAAUCAAGACCAGUGCUUUGAAACGCGUCGGUUGUGCCAUGGUGACCAGAUUUCGUUCGGGGCAAAGAAAACAGUGUUGCGUGUGCGCUACCAGACGUUUGUGCUUGUGGCUUCACGGAUCCAGCGAGUGAAUCGAGCGCAGGUGAACGAUACGUGUCAGCGCCUUGGUAUGCACUUGAUUGAGGCGGAGAGUAAGGACGCUACGCAUUGUAUUAUGGACCCAGGACGCGUUGUGGCGACUGUAAAAGUGCUCUGGGCACUGGUGUUUAACCAGCCCGUGGUGUGCACACCAUGGAUAUACGCCAUUUUGAACCGCUCCAGUGUAUCAGAACCAUUGCCACGUUGUGAAGAAUUUCUACCUUCGGACCCAUCCAUUCCGUCGGUGGAAAGCAAUUAUCUGCCGAAUCCUUUGCGCAAGACGCUAUUCCUUGGAUACGCAGUGGUGUUUCUGAUGCCACAGGCGAUGCAAGAGCUUGUUUCAGCAAUGGGUGGCGUCGUGGUUGCCGCAUACAAAGACUUUGAAGAGGAUGAUCAUUUGCUGCGCGAAUUAUAUUCUCUAGCGUUAAGUAAGCGCUUGCUGCUGGUGGAGCCUCCAAAGGUCACGGGGUUCUCCAGCGUGGCAGUUGAGAAUGAACAGCGAACUUUUGCUGCUAAUGACGCUUCCUCCUCUGUUGAUAUAGUGGAGCGACGAGUGAAGUUGUUGAAGUCUUUGGGUGCUGUCUUUACGAGCGUACAAGAACUAGCGGCAAGUGUAGUUUUUGUUAAAGCGCACACGGCAUUCAACGAUUCCGCUUUCAGCAGCAGUCUCGAAAAUCACGCAAAGACUGUCCAAGCAAUAAGCUGUCCGGACCAAUUGAGCCUACGAUCCGCGUCGGCAGAGGAACACGAGGACAAAGAGAUCAAAGUAAAUCACGAGGAUACGGAUGAGGGCUUCCCACAAAGUGAUGUUGCAGAUAUGGCGAUCAAAGAGGACUCCGAACAACUCACCGCUUUUCAUUAUGAUAGUGAAAAGGUUCCCGUUAGAGAGGCUCAAGGACAAGAUAAAGUGUCUUCAUCGUCAAGUAUGAGUGAGCGUGGGAUAACGCCAGAAACGCUGGAUGAUGUGGGUCAGUCAGCAUGGAAGUCUUCACGUGUUUUGCGUCGGCAAGACGUAAAAUCUGAUCUACAGGAUAAUGAUUGUGGCAAGCCAGUCGUGGUAACCUGUGAGUUGAUUGUGAAGAAAAGAGAGCUUUCUUGCCAGGACAAGAACAGAGGACAUGGUUUGGUGAACUACAAGCGCUUCAGGAAAGGAAAUGGAUGUGAAUUACGCUCUUCGACCGCUUCUUUGUUUCCCCAUCGAACUAUAGUUAGCGUGGUCAAUAACGCCAAUCGUGUAGCACUACAGAAAAAUCUUGACACUAUGGAAGAGCAGGAGCGCAUCGCAGAAGAGUUAUUUGCUAUGGGAGAAGGAAGAACCAAGACGAAGCUGUUUUAG